AUGCGCGUCGCGAGCUCCGUCGCGGCGCAUCGCCCGCCCCGAACCUCCGUCCGCGCGUCGUCAUCCGGGAGGACGACGUCAUCUACGUCAUCUCCUUCGCGAUCCGUCGGCCCGACGCGUCGCCCCUCGCAUCGACACCGCGCCGCAUCGCCGCCGCGCGCGGCCAAGGACGACCUGCUCGCCGAUCUCGUCUUCGCGCUCGCCACGCAGGCGCGCGAUAAGAUCCAAAAGGACUUCAACGAGCUCGUCGUCGAGCCCUUCGCCGACCCGGACCCGGGUCCGCUGCCCGAUCUCGUCCCGCCGUCGCAACUGGCGGACCCCGACAGCAAGUUCGUCGCCGUGGACGUCCGGGGCACCCGGGUCGUCGUCCAUUACAAGGAACACGUCGUGCGCGACGACCUCGGAGACGACGACGCGGACGGAAAGGGUAGCACUGACGAGCACGGGGUCGACGCUUUGGUUUGCCUGCACGGCGCCAACGGAAGCGAGUUUUCGUUCCGGAGACUCCUCCCCCGCGUCGCGGCGGCUGCGCCCGGGACCCGAUGCAUCGCGUUCGACAGGCCGCCGUACGGCCUAUCGACCCGACCGGAUCCCCCGGGCAGGUCGUCGGGCGACGGGUCGGAAGACGCGUCGUCGUCGUCCGGGGUUGACUUUGUUUACACGGCGGCGGGCCAGGCUGAGCUCACGCUGGCGCUGAUGGACGCAUUGGGGAUCCGGACGGCGGCGUUGCUGGGUCACUCGGCGGGCGCGCCGGUGGCUCUCGACACCGCACUGGUCGCCCCCGAGCGCGUCAGGUCGUACAUCGCCGUCGCCCCCGCCGUGUUCCUGGGAGAUCCCCCGGGGGAGAAGGACGAGGACGGUACUAGCGCGAAGAAGGGCGGCGGCGGCGGCGGAAUCAAGUUGCCGCUGGACCGGCAGCUCCGGUUCGCCUGGUUCCGGUUCCUCGUCUCGCAGGACGGACCCGGGCUGAACGUGGUCCGCGGCAGCGUGCGUCGACAGAUGGCGGCGAUCGAGGAAGGUCGCACGUACGCGGACUUACCCCCCGAGACGAAAGCCGCGUACAUGCGACCGACGAAAGCGGAGAACUGGGACGUGGGCUUGCUUCAGCUGUUCCGCGGCGGGUCCUUCGGCGGCGACGGCGAUCGCCUGCGCGCGGAGAUGCCCAAGCUCGCGGCGAACGGCGUCAAGGUGGCGAUCGUCGUGGGAGAAAAGGACCGGACCACGCCGCCGCCGCUGUCGGAGGCGCUGAGGGACGCGUGCGUCGACGCGGGGGUCGGGGACGUCAGGUACGAGCUCAUGCCGAUGGCGUCGCACCUGCCGAUGGAGGAGGAAGCCGGGGGUGUUCGCGAGAAGUUCGAGGCCAUCGUCGUGGACGUGGUGUCGGCGCUGUGA